AUGGACUCUAUCUCAAUCUUAUCAGGCCUCUCAGGGCUGCAGCGUGGCUUCGUCUGGCAGGGUAAAGGCCGCCAGGUGUAUCUCAUCAAUGUCACCUACUCGGACAACACCUCCCACAUCAUCUACAGAAGAUACAGCAAAUUCUUUGACCUACAGAUGCAGAUACUCGACAAGUUCCCAAUUGAGGGAGGGCAGAAAGACCCGAAGAAGAGGAUCAUCCCAUUUCUCCCAGGCAAAAUCCUGUUCCGGAGGAGUCAUGUGCGAGACGUGGCCAUGAAGCGGCUGCGUUUCAUCGAUGACUACUGCAGGGCGCUGGUGCGACUCCCUCCUCAGAUUUCUCAGAGCGAAGAGGUGCUGCGCUUCUUCGAGACGAAGGCUGAGGACAUCAACCCCCCCGUGGA